GAAAAAAAGAAAAAAAGAAAAAAAUACCCCUACCUCUUGUGGACAUUGGCAAACGCACACGCCAACCCGCCUUUGUACACUGGAAGCAGCAGCUUGUGCGUCACCGAUCCAUACUCAGGCCAUGCCAUGAACGGCAUCAGCAGCAUUGGCAGAAUUUGAAACUGGAAACGAACGAAAUCGCAUCGACAACUUCGACAACUUCGACAACGCCCCAAAAAAAUCGAAGCCCGACGAUAGGUAUUAAUACGAAUAACCCGGAUAUACUUUUGGAAUAAGUAUAGUUAAUUGGAAGGAUGGAAACGGUUCGACUGAAGAGGAGUGAAGAGGAGGAAAAGCUCAUCACUUUCCUUACUUCUCCUAUCCUUGUCAAGUUCCAGAAACACCUCAGCAAACUCUCUUGGCCUCCGACUAACCAGCUAGAAACUUCUGGGCUGGGACUGAUUCAGCAUUUGCAUUUCUUCUGGAUAUCUUGGAUGAUUCUGUGUUUGCAUUUUUUCUCUUGGUUUGUUUUUAAGAACUUCUGGCGUUCGGAUUUCCCACGACGUCUCCCUCUCGGGGAUGACUCGACAUCAACAUCGACUUGGGAUUUUAUUUUGAAAAUUUUCGGGCUGAAUGAGGACGGCGAGCUCAUCAAAUUCUUCGUGUCAAUCUUGGGGAUUGUCUCUUUCCGUAGACUCUCACCCACCCCAGCCAACCAACCAGUCAAAACUUUUUGGCUGGAAAUGGUUCAGCGUUUGGGUUUAGCCACCCAAUCAGUUAGGACUUUCUUGGCUGAAGAUGGUACAGCAUUUGGAUGUUCUUUUCGGGAAUCUUUGAACACUCCCUAUCAACCAAUCAAGCUUCUUAGCUAGGAAUGGUUCAGCGUUUGUGUUUUCUCUUGGGACAUCUCCCAAUGAUUUGGGAUGAUUUCGACUUCAACAUCGACCCGGAAAUGUCUUGCGUGCAUGUACUGCGAUAGCAACGGUGGAAUUGACAAGAGGUAAUGAGCACGAGGGAAUAAUACGUAAAGGAAACGCACUGUCAUUACAAAUGGGAUGCAAAAACUGCGCAGAAAAUUGGAAUCCUCCGCUCUGGUCAAGAUUGUAUUAUUAGUCCUAUAAUGUGUAUUAGAGGACCAGAGUCAAUGAAAGGAUGUUUUCCACCAAAAAAAAUGCAAUUAGAG